CCUUUCGGUUACUGGCACAAAGCUCUUAACCACUAAGCUACCUGCCGCCCAUUUUAUUAUUAAUAUUCACAGUAGGCCCCUGCUACCCAGGUGGCUGAGUGUUUUAAAUGAAAGUCUAUUUUAGGAACUGACACGGUUUAGACUAAAUCUGUCAAUUGAUGUGUUUGUUUUGGGGGUGUCCACACAAAAUCAGUACUCUUAACGUUGGGCCUACUCUUCUUUCCUCCUUGAAUUAAAACCAUCAGGCUAUGAACUUUCUUCGUAGGUCUACUCCUCCUAAAUUAUGUAUUUAUUUAUUAGUAUGUUUACUUUUGAAGAAUGACUGUCUUGGCUGUAUACAAAGAAAGCGUUCCGAUUGAAUGAGUAAUUUACGGAAGGCCAAAUCAGAGAUGGUCUUUGGCUGUGUUUAGACAGGCAGCACAAAUCUGAUAUUUUUUUAACUUAUUGGUCUUUUGCCCUAUCAGAUCCUCUCUGGAAAAAAAUCUAACGUGGAAGAUGUGAUGUGAUUGGUAAAAAAAUAUCAGAAUUGGGCAGCCUGUCUAAAAGCAGCCUCUGUAGCGCGCUCAUGCGGUGCGAAGUGAAACAACUAACAUGGCAUUAAUCACUGGCCUCAGAGCGCCAUUGUGCCCCAGUGUUGUCAUUCAUGAAAAUAAUACCACACGAGGAGGCCCAUAUGUUGCCAUUUAUGAUUGAAUAACUUAUAUUUUCAAUCAGAAAAACAUGCACUUGAAACCUGAAUGACUCAUUUGUGUAAUUGCAGGUUAGGCCUAUCCAAAACUUUCCAGUGGGUUCAUGACGCUUACUGCUAAUUUUCAGAAUCUGUUUAAUAUUCGUGACUGGACAUGUCCUAUCUGAAGAGAAUCUAGUCAUAUUAGACACGAGAAAUUUAGGGACGUUUACUGUUCCACCUUUCCUUGUGUGUGAGCGGGAGAGAGAGUAGAUCGCCUGCUUCCCUACACGUCUCUCCCUCUGAUGUCUGGUGGAGGUGUGUGUGGACUUGAGGCCGGCAUCAGGGUGAAACAUGCUGUCCUCUUUCUCCCCUCUCUCUCUCUCUGAGGGUGUAACCUAACCGGAGAUUGGAGAGACUGACUGAGACUUGCACCACUGUGAGAAGAGAAUAGAGAGCGGACACUCCUUGGUUGAGUAGAGACUGUACUGGCCCUUUGGGACGCACCCUAACAAACAUCAAAUCUACACCCUAACUAGCCCCUAUACCCUAAAUGUCAAUAUCCAUCUAUCUAUGUUGAACUCUUGCUAUCCGCAAUGCUAGACCACAACCAGUCCCAGUCCUAAACCCUAGUUGAGCCCUAUCCUAACUCCCAACUAGCCUCUAUGCUUAUCAACCUGACUGUGUCCUUCAAGGAGUCCCGUGCCUUUCAUGGAACGCCACCCGCCAGCCCUCGCGGUGUUGCGCCCCUCAUCUUGGAAGUGACAGCCAUGGACACCCUCCCUGGCCCUACCCCUGCUCCCCUACCCCUCACCCCUGCUCCUACUCCUCUGCCACCUCCCCCACCUCCUCCACCUCCCUUCACCUCCUCUCCUCUGACCCGUAUGGACUCGGCCCGUCGCAGCCGGCUGAGGAAGCUGAACUGGGAGCAGAUCCCUAAGGAGAAGGUGGAGGGGAGGAAAAGUGUCUGGAGUGGAGCGGCUACGGAGGAGGAAGAGUUCCCUAUAGACCUCCACUCUCUGGAUGAGCUGUUUAGACAGAAGGACUGUAAACCUCAGGACAGAGCCGGGAGUUUGAGACGGAGGUCUGUGCUGAUGCGAUGCAGUUCACCCCAGGACAACACCACGGAUAAGGUCUCACUACUGGACUCCAAACGCAGUAUGAAUGUUGGAAUAUUUCUACGGCAGUUUAAGACGGCUGCCCAGGAGAUAGUUGAGGAUAUCCGGCAGGGGGUCGGGACCCGCUAUGGGGCAGAGAAACUGGCCGAGCUCUGCAAACUGCUGCCUGACACCGACGAGGAGGCUCGUCUGAAGAGGUUCAAGGGAGAGCGCAGUAGGCUUGGGGAGCCUGACCUCUUCAUGAUUCUGCUAGUGGAAGUCCCCAGCUUUCGUCUGCGUCUGGACGCCAUGAUCCUGCAGGAGGAGUUUGACCCCGCUGUGACCUCUCUCUGUCUGGCGGCCAGAUGUCUGAGGGAGGCGGCCAGAGAGCUGUUGAGCUGUCCUGAGCUGCACUCCAUCCUCCGUCUGGUUCUGAAGGCAGGAAACUACAUGAACGCUGGUGGGUACGCAGGCAACGCAGCAGGGUUCCGAAUCGCUUCUCUGCUCAAGCUGGCCGACACCAAAGCCAACAAGCCAGGCAUGAACCUCCUGCACUUCGUGGCCAUGGAAGCGGUGAAAAAGGACCAGAGUUUACUGUCGUUUCCCAGCCAACUAGGACAUGUCGGCCCCACAUCCAGGUUGUGUGAGGAGUCUGUAGUAGAGGAUCUCUCCAGGCUCCACAGCCGUGUGGCAUCCCUCAGGAUCAGUGUCCAGACGGAGGCAGACCUCCAGCAGCUCACACAGCCUUUCCUGGAGGUGGCAGAGGAGCGUCUGAAGGAGGCGGAGGAUGAGGUGGAGGGGAUGAGGAUGUCCAGUCAGGCUCUGGUCGAAUUCUUCUGUGAGGAUGACAGCACCUUUAAACUGGAGGAGGCCUGCAGGGUCUUCCACUCCUUCUGCCUUCGCUUCCAAAGAGCUGUACAGGAAAACGCAGAGCGGAAACAGAAGGAGCAGAAGCGGAUGGAGCGAGAGCGAGAGAUGGUGGAGAAGCGUCGCUCUGUGGCCGUGUGUACAGGGCUGGACCUGGGUGUGGUUCUGGGUCAGGUGUCUCCACCGGGCACCCAGGAGAACCAGGAUGACCUGGAAAGAACCCUUGAGAACCUGAGCCACACCUGGAGCCAGCGCAGCCUUAGAACCCAGGAGAACCGUAGGCUCUCCAACCACCUCCAGAACUACAACUCUCAUCUCCUCCAAAACAACUCCUCAUCCUCCCCUCCUCCUCAAACCUCCUCCACCCGCUUCCAGAACUACACUUCCAACCUAAUCCAGGACACCACCUCCGCUCCUCUUCAGACAUCCCCUGAUUUGGGUAGAAUCGCAUCCCCCCAUCUCCACCUCAACAACUCCUCCAACCUCCGCAGUACCUCCAUCAACCCCCAGACCUCCUCAGGGCUACCCUGCCCCACCUACCCCAGCCAGGAGAGACCGUCCCUGGGGACAGAGACCAGGACAGAGCCCCUGGUCCAUCAGCACCAACCAGUCCUGGAGACAAAGAGACCACAUCAUGAGGGGACAACUCAGACUCAAGUCUCACAACCUCAACAUGAACUGACUUCUAAUGUCACUCAAACCCAGUGUGGACUUAGAUUCAAUGUCCCCCAAAACAGGCAGGACACUAUUGCCUAUGCCACACAAACCCAACAUGGAAUUGCUACUAACUUCAAUGAAAGCCGACUCACACCAAUGGCUCGAGUGACUAAAACUCACCAUGAACGGACAGUUGAUGCCAGCCUGGACCAGCGUGUACUGACCACUAAGUCUAUGGCCAGUCCUCAUAGACACUCCUCCACUACCACUACUGCCAUUCCCAGUGUGAGAAGAAAUACCAUUGGUCUUAGACACAGGUACGGCCUAGUGGGGACUGAGCCUACCCCCGUUUCUCAGGCGAAUGCCACAGACUCCUCAGUCAGAGACGCAGCGCAUCAAGACCCUGACCUCGCUCCUCUCACAGGGUCAACGGUCACUGAGGUGACUCAGCAGCCCUUUGAGAGCCAAUCAGAAUCAUCCAUGGCCACUGACCCCCCAGACGGUGUCCAAUCGCAGGAGGCUAAGGGAGCCAAGGAGACCACACAAGGAAGUGGUUUGGAGCUGAGGCCUGAGGGGGGAACAACCCAGCAGAGGGAAACAGAAUCUCCCUCUACACCAGUGGAACAGAGCUGGCUGCCUCCCAGCCUACCAGAGCUGAGCCCACAGCGGGCACAUCAAUGCCCAGAGGUCUCCAGCCCUGACAGGGAGAGGGACCGGUCGUACCCACGUGUGGGCGAAACCCUGGAGUACCACACCCUGGUCCGAGGCCUGCGUUCUUACGACACCAUAUCCCCUCCUCCCACUCCCACCUCAACCCUCCCUAGAGCCCCACCCAGCCUAUGUUCCAAGUGGAGGAAAGAGAGGCAGGCAGAGACUCCAGGGGUUGGUGCCGGGCUUCCAAUGGGGAAAGAGGACUCUCGGAGCGGGGGGAACAUUCCUGUUGUCCGAGGAGGGGCUAAGAGGGGCUUGGUACCUCGUGCAGGUCAACCGAACAAUACAGGCAUCCAUAGGGUGCGUUUUAUUUCCAAACCAGAGACACCCACUGGCCCCGUCCCAAAUCCUAAUUUACAGACUACACCACGUUCCACUUGUCUGGCGUCCCCGUCCAUACGCAGCGCCUCCAUACGCUCCUCCCCCAUCACACGUCCUACUACUACCCAGACAGAGGUGAAGCGGAGCAGUAGCACCAGGAGUGAGAGGAUCCAGGCUGGGGGUGAGAACCAGCAGCAGGCCCCAGGGAAACCCACCUUGACCCGCCAGGCAUCAGAGAGAGCUGGGCUGGGGCUUGGACCAGAGAGGGAAAGGACUUCUAGCACCAGCACCACUAGUAGUACAGCUAGCAGCCAGCCAGCCUUUGUCAGAGGCUCCCCUCUCAGGGUGACCAAACGUCUCGCCCCCACCGCCAACUCUGAGACCCAACACUCCUCUCAGCCCCGCUCCACACACAGCCCAUCCUCUGCUACGGCUAAAACCGUCCGUACAGCUGUUAUAGCUGCGGCCAGGACUAAAACGGUCAAGACGAGCCCCGGCACAGAGCCCUCUAGAGCUGCUGUCUCUGCCUGCAAAACCCCCACAGCAACACGGAUACCUGGACCUAAAAUGGCCCGUCCUGCCUCCUCGCCCAUGUGGAAGUGAUCAUGGCAGAUAAUACCACUUUUUCCAACUUUAUACAGCAGUCUUACGUCCACACAUACACAUGCCUAUGUGUGUUUUGGGUCCACUGUACAUGUAUGCGGGUAUCAAUAGAUGACUUGGUGAAUUGUAACAGACCUCUCUGUUCUGGAGGGGUAGGCAGUUACUGGUCCAUUCAGACUAUUCACGAUUGUCCAGAAUCGAUGGGGUGUUUUCACUUAGGUUUGGCCCAUUUUAAAGCGCAAUUAAGGACGUACCAAGUACCUGCCAUACAAUCUCUCCUCUGCUGCGAAGAUGACACAGAACUCGAACAAAAUGGCUGCCACGACGUCACUCUACAUCUAUUCUGUUUGCAUAUGGACAGUAGCUGUACUGUCACUGUAGAUAGAAAUAUAUUCGGUUCUACACACUUCCUCCAUCCACUAGUGUCCUGUGCAGGCAACAGGGCACUUCAAGGAGAGACUACACCCCCCCUCACACCUACCUGGACUUUGUCAAGCUCCUGAAAUGUGUGCCUCUGACCUUGAUCAUUUGUAGUUCAAGAAAGUCCUUAAUUUAGAAUAAUUUGCCACAGCGGCCUCCUCUGUGCCUUGGUCUUCCAAAAGAUCACUCUCAUCAACUUGUUUUUUUAGGGUGUAUGUUGAAAAUGACGUGUUUGUCUUCAAGGGGUUCAUUUAUUUAACUUUGGUUUCGUCCCAAAGGGCACCUUAUUCUCUAUACAUCGAGUAUACCAAAUAUCCUAACAUUAAGUUGCACCCCCCCUUUUACCCUCAGAACAGCCUCAAUUCGUCGGGGCAUGGACAAGAUGUCAAAA